CCCGCGGCGGCGCCGCUGAUUGGCCAGCCGCCGCCACUUCCGGGCAGCGCGGGGAGCGGCGGGAGCGGCGGGAGGGGCUUGGGGACGGGGCCCGCCGUGCCCGCGGGGACACCCGGCGACCCGAUGACGUGACGCAGGCGCCAUGGCGGAGACGGAGGCGGAGGCCGGGGGGCGCCGGGACCGGGACCCCCCCGGCAGGGGACAAGGAGCCGGGGGUGGGGGUCCCUUGGCCCUGUUGAAGGCCCGGGCCCUCGAUGUCACCUUCGAGGUGGGGGACGAGUACGAGGUCAUCGAGACCAUCGGCACCGGCGCCUACGGCGUCGUCAGCUCCGCGCGGCGGAGGGACACCGGCCAGCAGGUGGCCAUCAAGAAGAUCCCCAACGCCUUCGACGUGGUGACCAACGCCAAGAGGACGCUGCGGGAGCUGAAGAUCCUCAAGCACUUCAAGCACGACAACAUCAUCGGCAUCAAGGACAUCCUCAAGCCCACCGUCCCCUACGGCGAGUUCCGCUCCGUCUACGUGGUCCUGGACCUGAUGGAGAGCGACCUCCACCAAAUCAUCCACUCCUCCCAACCCUUGACCUUGGAGCACGUCCGCUACUUCCUCUACCAACUCCUGCGGGGCCUCAAGUACAUCCACUCGGCCAACGUCCUCCACCGCGACCUCAAGCCCAGCAACCUCUUGGUCAACGAGAACUGCGAGCUGAAAAUCGGCGAUUUCGGCAUGGCCCGCGGCUUGGGCGCCGACCCCCGCCACGCCAAGGCCUUCCUCACCGAAUACGUCGCCACCCGCUGGUACCGGGCGCCCGAACUCCUCCUCUCCUUGCACCGUUACACCCGCGCCAUCGAUAUGUGGUCGGUGGGCUGCAUCUUUGCCGAAAUGUUGGGCCGCCGGCAACUUUUCCCUGGGAGGAACUACGUCCACCAGCUCCAACUCAUCAUGGCCGUGCUGGGGACGCCGCCGGCCACCGUCAUGGCCGCCAUCGGGGCCGAGAGGGUGAGGGCCUACGUGCAGAGCUUGCCCCCGCGCCCGGCGGUGCCGUGGGAGAGUCUUUUCGGCGACGCCGAGCCGGCGGCCUUGGCGUUGUUGGGGAGGAUGCUGCGUUUCGACCCCCGGGAGAGGGUGGGGGUGGCCGAGGCCUUGCGGCACCCUUUUUUGGCCAAAUAUCACGACCCCGAGGACGAGCCCGAGUGCGUCCCCGCCUUCGAUUUCGCCUUUGACCGCCGGGUGUUGACCAAAGAAGAGAUCAAGGCGGCCAUCGUGGCCGAAAUCGCCGAUUUCCACGAGCGCCGCGACGGCAUCCGGCGCCAAAUCGCCUUCGCGCCGGCCGAAAACGCGGCCGGCGGCGGCGGCGGCGCCGCCGUGCCCAACGUCAACGUCCCCAUGGGGGGCGUCAACGACGCGGCCAGCGGCGGCGUCACCGCGGUGGCCAACGCCGGCGUUGGGUUGGCCAACGUCAACGUGGCCAACGCCGGCGUGGCCAACGCCGCCAUGGCCAACGUCAACUUGGCCAAUGUCAACAGGGCCAAUGCCACCAUGGCCAACGUCAAUUUGGCCAACGCCAACGUCAAUUUGGCCAACGCCACCAUGGCCAACGCCAACGCCACCAUGGCCAACGCCAACGUCAACGUCCCCAACGCCGCCGCAGCCGGGGUUGGCGCGUCCUGGCCCUGCACCGACGUGGACAUGCCGAGCCCUGGUCCCGCCCCCGCCCCCGACUGCCCAAUGGACUCCCCCCGGGUGAAGGCAGAGCCGGGGGCCCCCGCGCCCCCCAAGAGGGACGGCGCCAUCUCCGAUGACACCAAGGCCGCCCUCAAGGCCGCCCUGCUCAAGUCGGCCAUGAGGAACAAGAGUAAAGAACCCCCGUGCGCCGCCCCGGAGGCUCCGGAGGGCCGGAAACCGGUGACGGCGGCGGAGCGCCAGCGGGAACGGGAGGAGAAGCGCCGGCGACGCCAAGAGCGCGCCAAGGAACGGGAGAAGAAGCAACGGGAGCGCGAGCGGCGCGAGCCCCGCGGCCGCGGCGAGGGGCUCCGGGGCCUCGUCCUCACCGACGACGACCGCCACCUCCUCGAGAGGUGGACCAAAAUGAGGGACGGGGCCCCCCCAAGACCCCCGGCGCGACCCGCGCCGGCCCCGUGCCCCCCACCGCCUUGCGGGGGACCCCCCGAAACGUGGCCGGGCGGCGAGGUGUGGGCCGAGCCGCCCCCCGCGCCCGGCCCCGCGGACCCCGACGUGGCCACCGUCACCCAACAGCUCUCCAAGUCGCAGGUGGAGGACCUGCUGCCCCCCGUCUUCUCGGUGACCCCCAAGGGGAGCGGGGCCGGCUACGGGGUCGGCUUCGACCUGGAGGAGUUCCUGAGCCAAUCGUUGGACAUGGUGGGGGACAACAAGGACAGCCAAGGCGAUUCGGCGCCGCUCUCGGCCUCGCUCCUCGCCGACUGGUUGGAGGUCCACCGCUUGAGCCCGGCCGCCCUCGAGAGCCUCCAGCGCGACCUCCAGCUCGGUUCCCCCAUGCUCCUCUCCGACGACCUCCCUGAGCCUUAAGGGGGGGGGGCGCGACGGGACCCCCGCCCUCCCCCCCCCCACUCCUUGUACCCCAUUAAACUUUGUAAGGAAACCAC